GCCAGACAGACAACAGAGCGCAGAGGUAGACGAAUAAAUCAAGCCUCACCCUAUUCCCAUCCGAGACAAGCCCUCCUUGGCCCUGCUAGCAAGACAAGCCAAACCCUUUGGACCAGCAGCACCACCUGCACCAGAGAGCAGCUACCAGCGGCGGCGUUUGCACCACAACCUCGUGCCAUCAACUCCUUGUCAACACUUUCCUCUUAUCCCCCUAUCACUGCAUUUGCCUCGUCGCCUUCAUGCUCGUCGUCGCGGCAUCGUUCAGCAUUGUCACAAGCGCAUAGCCUCGUCAUUGUUCAUUACCUCUCUUAAUUGUAGCAAGCAUCACGAAGACGACACACGACACCAACGACUCGAUCUCCAUCGCGCCAUUCAGAACCUCGCCGCCCCCGCGACCAUUCAACACUACGCCGUCCUCCCAUUCACCAUCGCAUACAUAGACGUCGUCACCACCGACGCGCGCCGCUCAGACCACCACCGCGACACAACUCAAAACAACGGUUGAGCAAUUUUUCCAUCACCCCCCUCGACGCCUCAUUACCCUCGUGUGCCCGCCGCCGCGUCCCCUCGCCGGCCCUCGGCCAGGGAUCUCACCGAGCCACAAUAACCAUCAUGGCCGACACUGCCGUAGUAGACGGUCGCGCAAGCCGUCCGCUGUCCGAGAUUUCAGAGAACGAGGACCGCCGACGUGCCAGCGCGCGUGUUUCGAGUUACAGCUCGAGCCUCAGCCUCAAGGGUGCUGCCGGCGCUGGGGCCGGUUCUCGGCCAGCGAGCGAGAUGCGUGAUGACCCUGCACAGCCGCCCUCGAAGCGGGCUAGCGGAGCGCUUGCAUCGCUGCCCGUGCACACCAUCACCCUCAACCUGGCUGAUUAUACAGGCACGGUCGCGUCGACAAUGACUGCGACGGCGCCAGCGACUCCAACGACCAUUACGCCUCCAGUGAUCGCGACCAAGCCGCUGGCGUUGCAAUCUCCGUCGACAAUAGGUUCAGGCGCCCCGUCACCCACAGUCAAGUCGCCACCGCCCACACCAAAGUCGCCUCCCCCAGUAAAGCCAGAAAAGCCCGCAGAGCUUUCUGCGCCACCCAUUGCAGGCGCAAGCUCGAGCUCAGAGGAGCAACAGCCGCAACAACCCGCCGUUGUGGACUUGAGCGAACCAGUAGACGGCAUCUCACCUUUGUUCGUGGCGACCCGUGCAUCCCUCCGCCCAACUGCCUCGGGAAAAGACCUUCAGCCAGAAAAGCCGCCAUCCCCACCAGCGACAUUGUCGAGCACAGGUACCUCGUUUGACUCGGCGCGUUCCUCUAUCGACGUUGUUAAAGCUCCCCCCAAAUCCAAGGCCAAGUGGCUCAAGAGGGCGUCCAUGGCUCCUCUCCUAGGCAGCAAGUCGGUCUCACCGGCGUCCUCCGCCGCCGACUUGCCUGCAGAGGCAGGCGGACGGGCAUCGCCGGGGCCCUCGACCACCUUUGCAAUCUCGGCGCCAACAGCCAUCGUCCCUCCUACCUUGCCGCCACGCAAGUUCCCCACUGGACCUAUGGACCACGUCCCAGCUUCGGGUCCCGACGCCGCCGCCUACGCUGCCGCGGCAAUGCGCCCACAGCCGCCCCUCCCAGGACGUGAGCCGAGCUCGACUGCCGUGACGCACCACCACCCAAGUGCGAGUGCGAGAAAUCGUUGGUGGGGCGGACAGCCGACAUCUACCGGCGUCACACGGUCCGCCUCCAACAACAGCAUCAUGAGCACGGCAUCGGCCGCUCACCAGCGGCUACCAUCCGGCGCCCAACGCGUCCUCGGCCAGGCUGGCAACGCCGUGACCAAGGGGUGGAACCGCGCGCGCGGCGUCGGUGGCAGCAUUUCCGGCAUGGGUGGCUUUGCACCGGUUCGAAGCAACAGCAACGAACUCGACUCGAGGUCCGUCAGCCCCCGAAACCGCGCCCUUGGUCACACGUUGGCUCGCAAGCCCUCGCGCGAUCUCCUCUCCACGGACCUCGCUCCCGCCACGCCAGCAGACUCGUUUCAGUGGGCAGAGGGAGUGGUCAAGCGACCCGCCCGGGCCGGCUACGCCGGUCGCGUCUUUGGCCGCGAGUUGCAAGAGGCAGGACGAGCCUGGACCGUGGUCGAUGCGCACGCCGAACGACCAGGCGACACGGAAUACGAAGUGCGCAGGCGGCAAUGCCUCCCAGCAAUUGUCGUGCGGGCUAUGGAAUGCCUCAUUGUGUGGGGUCCAAAGGAGGAGGGCAUUUUCCGCAUCUCGGGCCGUAGCAGUCACCUGGUACGACUGCGACGCGAGUUUGACGGAGGCGCCGAUCUCGACUUGUCAUUGUGCGACGCUGGCGAUCUCGAUCCUCACGCGGUGGCGGGCAUCUUCAAGUCGUAUAUUCGAGAGCUCCCUACACCCAUGGUGCCGAUCCCGAUUGAGCACGAGAUUGAGGAGCUGUUGUUUAGGACGCGCAGCAGCCCAAGCUUGGACGAAUUGCUGCACGUCCUUGGCAAGCUGCCGGCUUCGCAUUGGUUCCUUCUGGCCGACGUCAUCAUGCUGCUCGACUUUAUCCCGCAGCACGAGGGCGCGAACCGCAUGACCCGUCAGGCGUUGAUGCUGUCGCUAGGGCCUACCCUGCGCCUCAGCGGUGACGUCGUAGACGUACUCGUCCGCCACCGUCAGGACUUGUUCCACAACCCUCCUAUGGUGGACCCUUCCGACCUGGUCGACUUUGGGGACGAAUCAAUGGUGCUGCCGUUAUCCCCAGCAUACACGGCAUCGUCGUUGCCAGACAAGCCUAAGCCACCUGCGUCGCGCCGCAUCUCGAAGCGACCGAGCCUCGGCAAUCUGCUUGGCGGCACUCUGAUGCGCCGAAGCCAGAGUGACCAGACGCUGGGCUUCAGCCCGACGACUGCGCCGCGCCUCGCGCUUCCAGAGCCGGUUCGCGUCGACCUCCCGAUGUUUGGCGGCCACACCGAAGACAUUGACGAGACCGAGGAGCUCGAGUCACUCGAGUCGCACGACGUGGCACGGGCAACGGAUCGGAUCGAGGAGGCGCACUACGCGCCUGGCACCGUCGCUGCGCGUGCUGCUGCGUUUGGCCCGUCGUCGGCUGCCGGACAAAAGACGCCGAUUGCGGAUCGGUUCCAGCGGUCUUCGACAGACCGCGUCGACAACCUACUCGGGCCCAAGGGUGGGUCCCACUCGAGUGGGUCGUCGGCGUCGAGCUUUGUGUCCGUGUCCGAGUCAUUGCAGUCUGGCACCACACCGCCAGUCAACCCGAUUGUUGCGAUCCGGCGAUCACCACCUCUCUUCUUCGCCUCGGCGGUCACGACUGGCACCAAGCGCAAGGACGAGACAAAUGCGGAGCGAUCAAACGAGAGCGCGCGCGACAGCCCGAAGCGGCUGAGCUCGGGCCCUGGCCCGACCGACGACGACCUCGCUGUGCGGUCAUAAUACAUAGGCCUUGCACUCUUGGAGCGAUUAGACUGAUAGACCACUACAGUGGUAUCAGGGGUUAGUGGAUAUUUUCUUAGUUACUUGUCAAGCCCAGGGGGUAGAUUGCCCUGGUGGCGAGUUGUUUGUUUGCGACGACCAAUGUACGAUUCAUGGGUGUGGCAGGGUUGUGGCUAUGAUGUGACUUGUAUAAUGAUGUUUAGGUGGACUCGGGACUCGGUGCAGAGGCAGAGGGAGAGGGUUAGGCCCACUCGGUGCCGAGCUUUGUGGCAGCGGCGUUGAUGUCGCGGAGGCCGAGGAGGCCAGCGACGCGGCCGACG